AUGGCGCACGCCGUCCGCAUCGCAACUCUGUGCCUUCUUGCCUCGGCUACCGUAGCCCAACUGGGUCUCGGAUCAGCCGAACAAGCCACUUCUGAUUGUCGUCAAUGCCCCAAUCCGAUUGGAGACAUCAAAGCAUUGGCUUGUGCCGUUGAUUGGAUCUCGAAGCUGCGCAUCUUGAACAAGACGACGACGACUAUCGACGGAGAGACCGUUGAUGCCUACACUCUGGAACAUUUGGAUAUUCUGAAGGGAACUCUCGAGAUUCCAUCCCUUCUCAUCGUCCCGAAUGGACCUUGUGGACUUGUCCUGAAUGCUGAUGUGGAAUAUCUUGUCUCUGUCUUCAUACUUGGCUGGCUGGAAAUGGAGGUCUUCUCGGACAUCUUCUUGGUGCCAAUGGAAAUCCUCUUCUUGAUGGUC